GAAAAUUUUAAAACAAAUUUACAAAAUCAAGUUUCCUCGCUAACACUGAAGGAGCAUGAACUAGUAGCCUUUAGUCGUGUCGUGCCAGCUUAGUUUCCUCGGUUUAUACUUUAGUUUUAUUAUACGAAUCCCCCGUGGUGUUUUGGUUGUGUGAGAGAUGACUGUGUGUAUAUAUAGAUCCCGACUCCCUUCCCUUUUGAGAGGUGACGGAGGAGAGUAAAGGGGCUGUGCGUGAGGGACCCCGGACUAUUCUUGGACAACUUCACUCAGAUCUGCUUUCGCGUUCGCAUCGACGCCACUAAACGGCUACCGAUCCGUCCAAUAUUUGGCCACGACCGGCAAAUUACAUACAAGAAGUAACAAUAAGAAACAACAAAAACAAUUAUAGUGCCUCGUGAGAACAAACAAUCCCUUGUCCUCUAUAGUGGACCAGCGCUACUAAGAGGUGUUUCCCGGUUCUUAAGGGAUCCGGCCUCCUACUUAGUGAUCAUCAGCCGUCACCUCUAAAUUUCUCAAACGGAAAAGUGGUCGAGGAUUGAUAAGGCCCAGGAAGUGGUACCACUGACAGCCGCAGAGCCGUACGCGCCCUGAAGGAAGUCUCACUAGUUUCACAAUAGAUCGCGCGAGUAUAGGCCCCCCAUCUAGGACUUUAUAACCCAGCUGAUCAAACUGCACUAACGACCGAGUAUCUCCGACACGUAUCACCUUCUAUCAACCAGAGUUCACACACUGAACUCGGGUGGACUUCUACCGGCACAAUCACCGGUCGCACUACCGGUCCCAACAAACCAGACUUCCACCACCACUAGGCUUAACAGCCACCUCCAUAGCCACUAAAGUGCCUUAGCGAGCCGGCCGAUAAAAUGAAUGACAAUGAUAAGUCAGUCGAGAGCGGGAACCCCGCUGAAGACGACGACGAGAUGAUGGAACGCGAGCUGGCCGAAGAUGCCCAGUGGAAGAGAAUCCAGCAGAAUACCUUCACGAGAUGGGCCAACGAACAUCUCAAGUCCUGUAACAAGCACAUCGGCGACCUAGAGAGCGACCUCUCUGAUGGUCUUAGACUCGUCAGUCUCUUAGAAGUGCUCUCGCAAAAGCGUCUACCCAAACACAAUAAACGACCCACCUUCCGUUCACAAAAAUUGGAGAACGUAUCCGUCGCACUCAAGUUCCUCGACGAUCAAGGAAUACGUAUUGUUAAUAUUGAUUCCUCAGACAUUGUCGACUGCAAAUUGAAACUCAUCCUCGGUUUGAUAUGGACCCUCAUCCUCCAUUAUUCCAUCUCCAUGCCAAUGUGGGAUGGCGAAGAUGGCGAAGGACCGGAAAAGGGCGCAACCCCGAAACAAAGGCUGAUGCAUUGGAUCCAGGCUAAAGUUCCUGACCUGCCAAUUACCAACUUUACCUCAGAUUGGAAUGACGGUCGUGCAGUUGGUGCGCUUGUGGAUGCAGUUGCACCGGGUCUCUGUCCUGACUGGCAAGAUUGGAAUCCUAAGGAUGCCGUGCAAAAUGCAUCCGAAGCUUUGGGUCUUGCUGAUGACUGGCUUAACAUACCUCAGCUCAUUAAACCCGAGGAAAUGGUCAAUCCUAAUAUUGAUGAGAUGUCAAUGAUGACAUAUUUGUCUCAAUAUCCCAACGCCAAAUUGAAGUCCGGUGCGCCCUUGCGCGCUCGUACCAAUCCUAACAGCGUGCCACCGCCGCGGGUACGUGCCUAUGGACCAGGAAUCGAACCAACUGGACCAAUUGUUGGAGCACCAGCUAACUUCACCGUCGAAACAUUCUCAGCUGGAAAAGGAAACGUGGAAGUCACGGUGGAGGAUCCAAAGGGAAACAAAAUUCCGGUCGAUAUCAGGUUCAACAAGGACCGUAACCUGACUUACUCAGUAUCCUAUACACCAAAGAGCGAAGGACCUCACAAAGUAAAGGUCCUGUUUGCAGGACGAGAAAUCCCGAAGAGUCCUUACACUGUCACCGUCGAGGGACAUGCUGGAGAUCCUAGUAAAGUUACAGCUAGUGGUCCAGGUCUUCAGCCUGAUGGUGUCGUUGUUAAUAGGCCUACCUUCUUUGACAUCUUCACUAAGGAUGCUGGACGCGGUGUUCCCGAAGUCAUCAUUCUGGAUCCCCAGGGUUCAAAGACUACAGUGCCAGUAAAACUCCGUCAGACUUCACCAGAUGUAUGGCGAUGCGAGUACGUCACACCGAUGACGGGUAUGCACUCCGUGAACGUCUUCUUCGCCGGGAAACUCAUUCCUGGAAGUCCAGCCGGGGUUCGGGUUGCACCUGUCUCCGAUGCGAAAAAGUGCAAGGCGUACGGUCGUGGUCUUUUGCCCAAUGGAGUUAGGGUCAAGGAUGAUGCUGAUUUUACCAUCGUCACUAAGGAUGCUGGCGAGGGUACACCAGAGGUUCGAGUCAUUGGACCUGGUGGUGUGAAUCUACCUAUACAAAUGGUGAAAGUCGAUGCCACGACCUACAAGUGUACCUACAACCCGGUAAAAGAAGGUCGUCACGUAGUGAUGGUGACCUAUGGUGGAAAGGAAAUUCCAAAGUCUCCAUUCGAGGUCAACGUCGGUCCCUAUAAAGAAUCCAGUAUAAGGGUUUUCGGACCUGGUCUCUAUGGUGGCGUGGUUGGCCACCCUGCCAAAUUCACAGUCGAUACCAACGGUGAAACUGGCGCCCUUGGCUUCUCCAUCGAGGGACCCUCCAAGGCGAAAAUAGAUUGCCAGGAUAACGGUGACGGUACUGCGGAUGUUUCCUACGUACCUACUAUGCCUGGUCAAUAUGCUGUUCAUAUCCUGUGUGAUAACGAGGAUAUACCCAAGUCGCCAUACAUUGCCAAUAUUUUGCCUAAGACCGACUAUGAUCCUGAUAAGGUGGAGGUCCACGGACCGGGAAUCCAACCGGAAGGUGUCGCAAGAGACAAACCCACUAACUUUACUAUAGACUGUAGGAAGGCCGGCCAAGCGCCUCUGGAAGUCGUUAUCCUGGAUGCUCUUGGUAGAUCCGUGCCACUUAAACUUGAUGACAAACGUGAUGGCACUGUACAAGCUCAUUAUACACCUACAUCCGGUUCCCAGCAUACGAUCCAGGUGAAUUACGGUGGUGUAGCAACCAAGAAGUCACCGUACAGAGUUAAAGUAGCUGCACCCUUAAAUCCUGCCAUGGUAUCUGCCUUUGGACCAGGACUGGAUAAGGGCGUCAAGUCAAAUACUCCAACUCAUUUCAAUAUAGACUGCCGAGAGGCUGGGCCUGGGGAACUUGACGUGACCAUGGAUGCUCCAGAUGGCCGAGAUCUGCCUAUCACAUUGAGUGAUAACGAGGAUGGUACAUACACUGUGGAUUAUGUUCCACCAGCACCUGGAAAUUACACAGUGAAUAUGACCUACGGUGGCCUCAAGGUUCCUAAGUGUCCUCUAAAAGUGAACGUGCAGCCACACAUUGACGUAUCGAAGAUCAAGGUCGACGGACUCGAGCCCACCGCCCCCGUGAACAGCCUCCAGCAGUUCCGCGUGAUAACGCAAGACGCAGGAAAGGCGGACUUCCAAGUAGCGAUCACGACCCCGUCCGGAAACAGAGUGAAGGCCCACAUAGUACCGACCCACGAGGGCUUCCUGGUGAACUUCACGCCAACGGAGCUAGGGGAAUACCUUCUGGGAAUAAGCUUCGGUGGUGAACCGAUCUCGCCGCAGCCAUAUCGGUUGACCUGCGUCCACGGAAGUGAUCCUGGCAAGGUCAGAGCAUCCGGUCCAGGAUUGUCCCAUGGCAUAGUGAACAAGCCUGCCGAGUUUGUAAUCGAUACCAGAGGCGCUGGUCAGGGUGGCCUUGGAGUCACCGUAGAAGGACCAUGCGAGGCUGCCAUCAAUUGUCGUGACAAUGGCGACGGCACCUGCUCCGUCGCUUAUCUACCGACCGAACUUGGUGACUAUGGGAUCAACAUCACCUUCAACGACCAGCACAUUCCAGGAUCGCCGUUUCAGGCCCUCAUCGAGUCAGAGGCCGACCUCUCGAAGAUCAAGGUGUCCGGAAACGGGAUACAGCCCCACGGUGUUUACGUGGACAGUCCGACAGAUUUCACCCUGGACACCAGAGCCAUCGCCAAGACGAAGAGCGACGAUGGGAAGAUCUCCUGCACGAUAACUAAUCCAAGUGGCGGCAAGACUGAGAAGGUCAUCACGCCUCAGGCUGAUGGUACCUACAGGAUCAGUUAUACACCCUUUGAAGAAGGCAGACACACCAUUGAUAUACUCUACGACAACGUCCCUAUCCCUGGAUCACCCUUUUCCGUUAACGUUAAACGUGGAUGUGAUCCUAGCAAGUGCAGAGCUUAUGGUCCAGGUCUCGAGAAAGGAUACGUUAAUAAGCCUAAUCAGUUCACAGUAGAAACUACAGGUGCUGGAAAUGGAGGCUUGGGUCUUGCCAUUGAAGGCACCAGUCAGGCUCGUAUGACCUGUAAAGAUAAUUAUAACGGAUCCUGCAGUGUGGAGUAUAUACCAACUGAACCUGGUGAUUAUGAUGUCAGUAUAAAGUUUGCGGAUCAGCAUAUUCCUGGAUCACCGUUCAAGGUCCAGGUUGACCGUAUAGUUGACAGCAAGGAUGUCACUGCCUAUGGUCCAGGAUUGGAGCCUGAGAAGGUUCGCGAAGGUAUCCCUGCGAAAUUCAUGGUGGACACUACGAAAGCUGCUCCUGCACAGUUGGAUGUUAAACUUAAGACGGACAAGGGUCAUAUCCAGAAGCCAGAGAUCAAGGAACAUGGCGAUGGUCUCUAUGAGGUCACCUAUCAGCCAACACCAGCUGGUAGUAACGUUCAAAUUGGUGUUACUUACGGCGGUCAGGAUGUCACUGGAAGUCCAUUCAAGAUCAAGGUCAAUCCUACUGUCGAGCCUAGCAAGGUCGUACUUUCUGGUCCAGGGGUAGCUCCAAAGUGCACCGCUUCCUUCCCUACCGAGUUCAUCGUGGACACUUCCAAGGCUGGAUAUGCUGAUUUGGAGGUUCAAGUUUUGGGUCCUGAUCAAGUCCCACGCAAUGUCGAAGUCCAAGAUAUAGGCGAUGGAAAGUUCAAGGCCAAGUAUUUGCCUGACGAUUGCGGCAGGUACAAGGUCAAUGUGAAAUAUGGCGGCAAGGAAGUACCUGGAAGUCCAGCUAGUGUGCAGAGCGUCUCCACCGGAAAGGCUGAUCAGUGCAAGAUCAAGGAAGGCAUUCAGCGUACCUUGGCCCAGGGUGAGGAAUACUGUAUAACCGUGGACACUGAAAAUGCCGGCCGGGGUGCAGUCACCUGUCGCAUCCGUUCCAGUUCUGGAAGCGAAGUCCUGGACAUUGAUAUUGACGACAAUGGAGAUGGUACCGUGAAUAUUUAUUAUACUGUCGCGGAUGCUGGCGAGUACACACUCAGUAUCAAGUUCGGAGGCCAGUCCAUUCCCGAUGGCUUUUAUACCUUUACGGCUUCCGAGGAAUACAGGGAACACAGCACCCACAAGACUCACCGUGCGAAAAAGACUCAGCAGCGUCAGGAACAACGCGUUGUCGAGCAACACAGCACAAGCGUGCAGGAGAGUUCGAGUGUGACAACCAAGCGCAGCACAACACAGCAGGAAUCGUCGAAAAAGAAGUUCAGGGACGUACAGUUGAACAAUAUUGUAUUGCCAUCGACAGGAGGCCGUAUCACCGCUGAAGUCAAAAUGCCUAGUGGGAAUGUAGAUAAACCAGUGAUCGAGGAUAAUCACGACGGCACUGUUUCCAUCAAGUAUGAACCCCGUGAAGAAGGUCUUCAUGAGGUCUACGUGAAGUUCAACGGAGAACAUGUGCAGGGAUCUCCAUUCAAGUUCCACGUGGACUCUCUGUCCAGUGGAUAUGUCACCGCAUAUGGUCCGGGCUUGAGUUAUGGAGUCUGCGGAGAACCUGGAAACUUCACUGUAUCUACUAAAGCUGCCGGUGCUGGAGGUUUGUCCUUGGCAAUCGAAGGUCCUAGCAAGGCUGAGAUAUCCUGUCACGAUAACAAGGAUGGUACCGUUUCCGUUUCUUAUCUUCCUACUGCUCCCGGAGAAUAUAAGAUCUCUGUGAAGUUUGGAGACAAGCACAUCAAGGGCAGUCCCUAUGUUGCUAAAAUUACUGGCGAGGGCAGGAAGCGCAACCAGAUCUCUGUUGGAUCAUCCAGCGAGGUCCAACUUCCGGGUAAGGUAUCAGAUACCGAAAUCCGCUCCCUGAACGCUUCCAUAACAGCACCAAGUGGUCUUGAGGAGCCUUGCUUCCUGAAGAAGAUCCCCAGCGGUAACAUGUGCGUCUCCUUCACACCCAGAGAGGCUGGAGAACAUACGGUAGCCGUGAAGAGGAUGGGCAAGCACAUUCCCAACUCUCCGUUCAAGAUCGACGUGAAGGACCGUGAAGUGGGUGACGCGAAGAAGGUCAAGGUGACCGGAAAUGCCCUUAAGGAGGGCAAGACUCAGCAGGAGAACACAUUCUCGAUUGACACCAGGAACGCUGGCUUCGGUGGACUCUCCUUGUCAAUGGAAGGUCCCAGCAAGGCUGAGAUACAGUGCAAGGAUAACGAGGACGGCACUCUUAAUAUUUCCUACAAGCCCACCGAGCCCGGAUAUUACAUAAUGAAUCUCAAGUUCGCCGAUCACCACGUCGAGGGUUCGCCGUUCACCGUGAAGGUCUCCGGCGAGGGUAGCAACAGGCAGCGGGAGAAGAUUCAGAGACAGCGGGAAGCUGUUCCUAUAACUGAGGUCGGUAGCGAGUGCAAGCUCACCUUCAAGAUGCCCGGGAUAACCUCUUUCGACCUGGCCGCGACUGUGACGUCGCCAGGAGGCGUCACGGAGGACGCUGAAAUUAAGGAGGUCGAGGAUGGCCUCUAUGCAGUGGCCUUCGUACCCAAGGAACUCGGCGUCCAUACCGUAUCCGUACGGUACAAGGAGAUGCACAUUCCUGGAUCACCCUUCCAGUUCACCGUUGGUCCAUUAAGGGAUGGCGGUGCCCAUAGAGUUCACGCCGGCGGACCAGGAUUGGAGAGAGGAGAGCAAGGUCAACCCUGUGAAUUCAAUAUCUGGACCAGGGAAGCUGGUGCUGGAACACUGGCAAUUUCCGUGGAAGGACCUAGCAAGGCUCAGAUCGACUUUAAGGAUCGUAAGGACGGUAGCUGCUACGUUAGCUACACCGUAUCCGAGCCUGGCGAAUACAGAGUGGGCAUCAAGUUCAACGAUCAACACAUCCCUGAUUCACCCCAUAAAGUCUACAUAUCCCACGCCAUGGGGGAUGCUCAUAAGCUCGAGGUCGCUCAGUUUCCUGACAGCGGGGUGCAACCUGACAAGCCAGCCACCUUCCUGGUCCGCAAGAAUGGCGCCAAGGGUGAAUUGGAUGCUAAGAUAAUCUCACCCAGUGGCAUCGAGGAUGAUUGCUUCAUCCAGUCCAUCGACUCGGACACUUACUCAGUUCGCUUCAUGGCCCGUGAAAAUGGCAUCCAUAAUAUUCACUUGAAGUUCAAUGGCGUCCACAUAUCCGGUAGUCCUUAUCGUAUAAAGGUCGGUAAGGUCGACGCUGAUCCCGCAGCUCUGCAUGCCUACGGAAACGGACUCACCGAGAUCAAGACGGGACAGAAGACGGACUUCAUAAUCGAUACCUGUAACGCCGGCGCUGGAGCACUUGCCGUUACCGUCGAUGGUCCCAGUAAAGUAGCCAUGGACUGUACCGAGGUCGAGGAAGGUUACAAGGUCAGGUACACACCUCUGGUACCUGGGGAUUAUUAUAUCAGUGUCAAGUACAACGGUUACCACAUUGUUGGUUCACCCUACAAGGUCCCAUGCACCGGUGCGGAUCUCGCUGAGAGAGGGGCCCAGGAGACGAGCUCGGUAGUCGUGGAGACUGUACAGAAAAUCUCAAAGUCCAAACAGACUGGACCAGUCUUGCCUCUGUUCAAGUCCGAUGCCAGUAAGGUCACCAGUAAGGGAAUGGGCCUUAAGAAGGCUUAUAUUGGCAAGCAGAAUCAAUUUAGCGUCAAUGCUGCGGAUGCUGGUAACAAUAUUCUCUACGUUGGUGUCUACGGGCCCAAGGGCCCCAGCGAGGAGGUUCAAGUGAAACACGCAGGACGCAAUAAUUACAACGUUAAUUACGUGGUGCGAGAGAGGGGAGAGUACAUUGUAAUCGUUAAGUGGGGCGAUGAGCAUAUCCCGGGUUCACCUUACAAGGUUGAUGUUUAAGAGUCUCGAGGACUUUUUCUUUUUCAUAACAGUGAGAUUGUUAAUAUUGCCAAUUCGUGAGAGAGUAAUCCAGUCGACUUAUUGUCCAGCCUUGAGUUUCGUUAGAUUUUACUUGCGACUGGUUUCCAUGUCUCCCCCACUUCUUUUCCCUCCUCGCUCAUCCCCUUUCAUCCCGAGACCUUGCGCCCACUUGCUACUUUGACACCUUCCGUGUUAAAAAUUUGAUAAAGCUGUUUAUCUUAUGUAAAUGGCGCGUCUAUUCGGUAUAUACGUAUAUUGCUGUGUCAGCGAUAAAUUGACAAUAAAUUGACGCGAUGUCGGAUAAUUAUUGAAAUUACGCGAUAUACAAAUUAAUUAUGUGAGCGGAAGUCACCAAAGUAGAUGUAAAGGGUGCGCACGUGGGUGAGUUACUCAUAUGCGAAAAUCGACGUGCCUUUCGAUAUCCUAUUUUAUUAUAAACUAUGCACAUGUCAUGCCAUACGAAUCAAAUCCUAAUUGCAUUAUAUAGCAUUAUAACUAUGUUAUCGGUAAUUAUGUAUAGAUUACAUAUAUUGCAUAUUGUCUAUUAUACAUUAAUGUAGAAAUAAAAACUAAUAUAUUUAUUAAGA